AGCUUGUAAAUGACGGAAACUAGCAACACUGAACCUGAAGAGGAUUCGGAUAGUCGACAUGCGGAUUUUCCUCGUGCACAAUCCCAUACCACCCUAGACUCGCAUCGAACCUUGUGGAUGGGCGAUCUUCAGCCACAGUGGGAUGCUCAGUUCAUAACCAAUGCCUUCAAGGAGCUUGGCCACACCCCAUCUACGGUCAAAAUGGUAGCUGACCGGCAGACGGGAGCGAAUUGCGCCUACUGCUUUGUCGAAUUUGCAUCGUCAGACGAUGCUCGUGAUGCUAUGCUCACGGCAAAUGGGCAUAGAAUUCCAAAUAGUGAACCUAGAUCUCGAUUCAACCUAUCCUUUGCGAACGAUCCUCGUGUACCGUCGAUAGAGUUCAACCUCUUUGUAAAUAAUAUACAUCCUGAUCUCGAUGAUGCCGCUCUGUACCAGGUGUUUGGGGCCCGAUAUCGAUCUUGCCGUGGUGCCAAAGUAUAUCGAAAUCGAGACGGGUCGUCGCGGUGUCUCGGCUUCAUCCGCUUUGGUGAUCAAACUGAACAACAAAUGGCACUUGUGGAAAUGAACAAAACUGUGGUACGAGGUCGUGAGAUUAUCCUGAAACUCGCCGCUGCCAAACAACGACUUCCACGACAUCAAAUAAGGGAAGGCAUGCAACCUCAGCUCAUAGCAGACCCAUCAAUAGCUUCCUACAAUCAAAUGGCGUAUCAGCAAAUGCCACAGCAACCAAGUCCUCAAAUCGCUUAUCAGUAUCCCCAACAGCAGCAGCAGCCAACUUACGUUCCCUCUGAACUCAUAUAUCCCUACAAUCCCACGGCAGAAGAGGCAAAUAAUGAACUUGUAGCGAAUGGAGAUGAAUGGUGGGAAGUGCUGGAGGAAAGCAGGUGGUCAGCCUGCAUCGUCGAUCCGGCUUGGAAAGAACGAGAGUUAUGCUUGCGGUUGAACGAUAAUAAAUGGUGAAUGUUUUGUUGUUGUUUUCUUUUUUUAUAACGAGAGAUACCUUGUUCAUAGAAAAUUGAUAA